AUGGAUACUAAAUUUGACUUAUACCAGCUAUUACAUGAAUCACCACCUAUAGCAGUAGAGCUCCAAACCAGACCGUUUUUGAGUUGUAUACUAACACUGCAAAGUCAGCAUCCGGUGUGGUUGUCGCGCUCCGCCCAACCAGUCAUGUCGAUCGCUCGUCGGCAGCUGUCCGGCUCUGCCGAUGAAACAACCAUGAGUGAGGUCCGUUGGUUUCUUCAUAUUUUGAGGGAGAAAGAAGAAUGGCGAGAGAAUUCAUCUCGGGCGUUGAAAUUCUUUAGUAUUGAAUGCAUUUUCUUCUUUGGUAGUUGUCGCAACGGGCCUCAAUAG